AUGACUCAAGCACAGCACGUCAAUAAAGCUAUCGAAACUCCCCAUGAUUUGUCAAUGGAGAAGCCACAGCCCCCAGCCAACCCGUCGAAGAAUGCAUCAGUCUCUAUUCUGCGAAGGAGCAAUUUACUAGGCUUGGAUUCCAUCAUCUGGGAUGAUUCUUCUCGAGAUCGCCAGAAUUUGCAGAGAUCCGUGGACCCGGAUCCGAUGAUUGCAAAAUUGCUAGAAGUUGGUCAUUCAAAACCCACAAAAAGCAUAUGCCUAACCAACACCGAGAUUAUCGCCAUAUGCUCGAAUGCACGUAACAGUCUACUUUCCCAGUCUGUUCUCUUGGAGCUUAAUGCCCCAAUCCAGAUUGUUGGGGAUCUGCAUGGGCAAUUCUCAGAUUUAAUUCGAUUAUUUGAUCAAUGCGGAUAUCCCCCCGCCACCAAUUAUCUAUUUCUUGGAGACUAUGUUGAUCGUGGGAAACAGAGCUUAGAAACGAUGCUUCUCCUUUUAUGUUACAAGCUCAAAUAUCCGGAGAACUUUUUUAUUCUCCGAGGAAACCACGAAUGUGCUAACAUUACGCGUAUCUACGGUUUUUACGAUGAAUGUAAGCGAAGGUGUAACAUCAAGAUCUGGAAAACAUUUACCGAUGUCUUUAACUGCCUUCCAAUUGCGGCAAUUGUUGCGGAAAAGAUAUUCUGUGUGCAUGGUGGUCUUUCACCCAAUCUGACAAAUUUGGAUGAUAUUCGCAUAAUCUCCCGGCCAGUGGAAGUGCCCGAGUACGGUCUUUUGAAUGAUAUUCUAUGGAGCGAUCCGGCAAACAUCAAGGAUUGGGGACCUAACGACGAUAGAGGUGUCAGUUGGAGUUUUGGGAGAACACCAAUUGUCAAUUUUCUGGAACACCAUAAUCUGGAAUUGGUGUGCCGUUCACAUAUGGUGGUAGAAGGUGGCUAUGAAUUCUUUGGCAACAAGUCCCUAGUCACGAUAUUUUCUGCUCCGAACUACUGCGGUGAAUUUAACAACUGCGGGGCAAGCAUGUCGGUUUCUGAGGACCUCUUGUGCAGUUUUGAUCUAUUACAACCAUUCGACCGCAAGAGUCUGAACAGGCAAAUUAGAAGAGCGAAAGAUUCAAUGAAGAUGGAGAAGGCUCUGUGGGCUUCGCCAGGUAUCUUGGAAUUGAUGUUGGACUGUGGUACCAUCCAUAUGAAUAUGGAAAUCGUCGUCCUGAUUUCGAUAUCAGGCGGUUCUCCACUAAUCGCGCACGCCCACAAACCAUUAUCAGUAUAG